CCCCUCCUAUCUUGACGAAGUCGACAAUCUCCAGUAUCCAUUUCAGUAGAAAAAGAAAGGGACGCAAAGUACUUGCGAAUUAUUCCAUGCUUUUAUUCAUUUUGGACUAAACCUGUUACAACCCACAUCAUGUCCUUGACGGAGCUGUCAGCCCCAGAAAUUGCAAAGAGUGCAUCUGUAGCGUCACGCCGCCUAGCUACCCUCUCUGAAGAAUCCCGCAACAAUGCGCUGACUAUACUGCACACGGCAUUAUCGGAGAACCGGGACUAUAUUCUACAGGCUAAUUCUAGAGAUGUUUUCUCGGCAAGUCAGGCUGCUGCAAAUGGCGAACUCAACCAGAGUGUAUUGAAAAGGCUUGAUUUGUCACGUCCUGGAAAGUAUGAAGAUAUGUUACAGGGAAUCCUAAGUGUCAGGAGCCUUGAAGACCCAGUGGGCAGGCUGGGUAUGAGGACCCUACUGGAUGAUGGUCUUGUUCUGGAACGAGUUAGCUGUCCAUUAGGGGUUCUUCUUAUAAUAUUUGAGGCACGUCCAGAAGUCAUCGCCAAUAUUGCUGCUCUGUCUAUUAAAUCGGCGAAUGCUGCCAUUCUCAAAGGAGGGAAAGAGUCCUCAGAAUCAUUUACCGCCAUAGCUGAGGUGAUAUCAACAGCAUUGUCAAAGACGGAUAUUCCUAUCCCAGCUAUCCAGCUCGUUAAAACUCGCGAUGCUGUGUCUUCACUACUCGCACAAGACAAGUUGAUUGACUUGGUUAUUCCUCGUGGUUCCAAUGAUCUAGUUCGAUAUGUCCAGGAGAACACAAAGAUACCCGUUCUUGGCCAUGCAGACGGGCUUUGUACCGCAUAUAUUCACCUUGACGCUAACCUCGAAACUGCAGUUAGAGUUAUCGUUGACUCAAAGACCGAUUACCCAGCUGCUUGCAAUGCUCUCGAAACCCUUCUCGUGCACGAGAAAGCCCUAGACAGCAUUCUUCCUUCCGUGGCCGAGGCUUUACUUGCAAAAGGGGUUUCUCUUCGUUGUGACGAGACUUCUAAGGCAGCACUGACAAAAAGCCUCCCUCCAGCUAAAGCAGUUCUUUUGCAAGAAUCGUCGGACGGAGAUUAUGAUACCGAGUUUCUGGAUCUUGUUCUAGCCGUGAAGACGGUAUCAUCCCAAGCUUCGGAGGUGCUGGCCGUAGAAUCAGCUAUUACUCAUAUCAACGCCCAUUCCUCCAAGCACACCGACAUUAUUAUUACAUCUUCAAAAGAAAUCGCCGAAACUUUUAUGGCUAGUGUGGAUAGCGCCGGGGUCUAUUGGAAUGCUUCUACUCGGUUUGCAGACGGAAUGAGGUAUGGAUUUGGUACGGAGGUUGGGAUCAGUACAAACAAAAUCCACAGCAGAGGUCCGGUCGGUCUAGAGGGCCUCACCAUUUACAAGUAUCUGAUUAAAGGCGACGGUCACAUCGCAGCUGAUUAUUCCGGCUUGCCUGGAGGAAAGGAGUGGAAACAUAAAACAUUGCCAAUCACACAUUGAGUGACAUUUACUACCAGACUUCAAAAUACACCAGUCAAAAGUUAAUGAUAAAAGUCUUGAUGAACAUCUCGCAUUAACCGUAUUGAGCCCAAGGCAAAUAAAAUUUUUAAUUCAUUUGAGAGACUUCGCCCUCGCACUGCGCCAUCAUAGCAGAAACUAAUUUUAAUCGGCCUGAAAACUUGAUCUGCAGGUUUGGGUACAAGCACAGGCGAAAAUAGCUUAUCGAUUUCAUGUGACAGUAUAAUCGUCCGAGUGAACCUCCAUUGGUGAUAACCUCAGACCUUGAAACCACGAGACCGUCUGCGUCCACGAGCCCUUUCAAACUUGCGGCCCUUGCUUCGUACGUACGGUUUCUAAAAAAAAA